AUGUUUUUCAAUUUGUUGAGCUUUCUUUUGUUUUCUGUUGCUUGUGUUUCUUUUGUUUUUCAAGCAAUCGUUUUAUCCGUUUUGGUUUGUUCUUGCGAUGUUUUUUGGUGCAUUUAUUGCACAAUAAUUCACGUGGAUUGUUUUUUUUUUUUUUUGACUGUGUAUCAUCUUUCCUCAGACGAUCUCCUGCUUUCUCCUCUCAGAAGGCAACAUUAUCUCUUCGACGUGUCCACCCUCUCAGAAAAAGCAGAGGUCCUGGGAGCUGAGCUGAGGCUCUACACCAAAUUGUCCGGCAAUGUUGGCCUGUCUGAGCCCGUGGAGCUCCAUCUGCUCUCGUGUCAGGACCGGCGGCUCCUAGACUCCAAAACCCUGGAGCUGCAGGAAUGGUCCAGACCCAGAUGGGAGGUCCUGGAUGUGUGGGAGCUGUUCAAAGAAUGGAGGCGCCAAGAGGAGAGCGUCGGGAAGCACUUCUGCCUGGAGCUCAUGGCCGAGUCAGACAACUCUGAAAGACAGCUGGAUCUGAGCCUACUGGGUCUGCACCGGCAUGCUCGGCCCCGGCAGAAGAAGGCCAUCCUGGUGGUCUUCACCCGAUCCAAGCGAAGGCAGACGCUCUUCGGCGAGAAACGGGCGGGUCGAGCCAAAAACCGUGCGCCCGGGUUCAAAUCCGCACGCAGCAAGCGGACGGCGGCAUCCAGGAUCCGCCAUGGGAAACGGACGGGCAGGAGAUCCAGGACCAGGUGCAGUAAGAAACCACUCCGAGUCAACUUCCGUGAGCUGGGCUGGGACGACUGGAUCAUCGCCCCGCUGGACUAUGAGGCGUUCCACUGCGAGGGCGUGUGUGAUUUCCCGCUGCGCUCACACUUGGAACCCACCAACCACGCCAUCAUCCAGACCCUGAUGAACUCCAUGAACCCGGGACACAUGCCGCCCAGCUGCUGCGCUCCGGCUAAGCUCAGCCCCAUCAGCAUCCUCUACAUCGACUCGGGCAACAACGUGGUCUACAAGCAAUACGAGGACAUGGUGGUCGAGGCUUGCGGUUGCAGGUAGGACUUUGGACCCUGGACUCUGGACCCUUUGGCGGCUUUGAAUCCUGAAAGGUCUGACGUGGAUUUAGUGAUGAGUACAUACCUCAUAACAUAUAUUCCUGCAUUGUUCUUCAUCCGUAAACCCACCAAGAAAACUCCUCCGUCCAGUUCCCUUCAAGUUUCCAAAUUGACGUAACCUAAUUUAACUUGAACUGGGUAAAU